AUGAUCGUCCACAUGAGGAACCACGCGGACGAGAAGCCGUACGGGUGCGACCAAUGCAUGAGGCGCUUCAAAUGGCAAUGCUCCCUGACGGUCCACAUGAGGACUCACUCUGGGGAGAAGCCCUACAAGUGUGACCAAUGCACGAUGCGCUACCGUAAGAAAUGUCACCUGAAGCGCCACAUGAUGACUCACUCCGGGGAGCAGCCCUACAAGUGUGACCAAUGCAAGAAGCGCUUCGGUCGGAAAGGCAACCUGAAGAUCCACAUGAGGACUCACUCUGGGGAGAAGCCCUACAAGUGUGACCAAUGCACGAAGCGCUACAUGCAGCAAUGCGACCUGAAGAACCACAUGAAGACUCAUUCCGACGAGAAUCCCUACGAGUGUGACCAAUGCAGGAUGAGCUUCAGUGUGACAAGGGACCUGAAGCUCCACGUGAUGACUCACACCGGGGAGAAUCCCUACGAGUGUGACCAAUGCAGGAAGCAAUUUUUUUCGAAAAACCAACUGAUGAUCCAUAUGAGGACUCACUCCGACGAGAGGCCCUACAUGUGUGACCAAUGCACGACGCGCUUCAAAGAUCGUUGCAGCCUGAAGCGCCACAUGAUGACUCACUCCAGCGAGAAGCCCUACAAGUGUGACCAAUGCACGAAGCGCUUCGGUCGGACAUCACAGCUGAAGAGCCACCUGAAGACUCACCGCAGGGAGAAGCCCUACAAGUGUGACCAAUGCACGAAGCGCUUCAGUUUGGAAACCGACCUGAAGAUCCACAUUAGGACUCACUCCGGGGAGAAGCCCUACAAGUGUGACCAAUGCACGAAGCGCUACAGUCAUUGCUCUGCCCUGAAGACCCACAUGAGGACUCACCCCCGACAUUACAUCAAGUGCUUCCAUUCAGCAGCUCAAGGGAUGUUGCCUGCCAGACAGACCACCUGUGUGGUUAAGAGCCUGGAGCGCGGCGAGCGGCUGAGUGUGCAGCUAUUCUGUGCAAAUGAAAGAAUACGUCUUGUUUGUCUCUUAUUUGUAAAGCAGCAAACCCCAGACACCAUUUCAAUCAAGGUUGAAGAGGAUAUUGGUGGAGGCAUUCCCGCUGUAGAAGACGGCAUUGACAUCAGAGACUGCAGCACGCAGCGCGGCGCCACCUCGGAGAGUCUGCGUGUUGACGCCCCUGGCUCCUCCCACAUGUCAAGUAACAGCGGGGAGCUGCGGAUCCUGGGCGUCUACGGACAAGGGGAGGGCUCACUGGCGGUGGACGGCCAUGACACCCUCUUUGCCGCGUCAGAACUGGAGGCCUUGAGCUCGCUGUCCGCUGACCACAGCGUGGCCAAGAGCCUGAACUGCAGCGUGAGGCUCGUCCACCUUGAGGAGCUGACUGGGCAUCGGGGCGGCCGCAAGGGCCGGCCCGGUGUCUUGGGUGGCAAGGUUAUUCCCAACAAUGCCAAUAUGAUCCACACCCACGAGGAGCCGUACGUGUGCGACCAAUGCAUGAUGUGCUUCAGUCGAAAAGGCUACCUGAAGGUCCACAUGAGGACUCACUCCGGGGAGAAGCCGUUCAGGUGUGACCAAUGCACGAAGCGCUUCAGUCAGAGCGGGUCCCUGAAGGUCCACAUGAGGACUCACUCCGGGGAGAAGCCGUACAAGUGUGCCCACUGCAUCAAGUGCUUCAGUCAGAACGGGGCGCUGAAGGUCCACAUGAGGACUCACUCCGGGGAGAAGCCCUACAAGUGUGACCAAUGCACGAUGAGCUUCAGUCUGAAAAGCCACAUGAAGGGCCACAUGAGGACCCACUCCGGGGAAAAUCCCUAUAAGUGUGACCAAUGCACGAUGCGAUUCAGAAAGGAAAGCUCCCUGAAGAUCCACAUGUGGACUCACGCUGGGGAGAAGCCCUACAGGUGUGACCAAUGCACGAUGCGCUUCAAAAAGAAAAGCCACCUGAAGAUCCACCUAAUGAUUCACUCCGGGGACAAGCCCUACAAGUGUGACCAAUGCACGAAGCGCUACACUCAUAUUUCCGCCCUGAAGACACACAUGAGGACUCACUCCGGGGAGACGCCCUACAAGUGUGACCAAUGCACGAAGCGCUUCAGUCUGAAAGGCACCCUGAACAGACACAUAACGACUCACUCCGGGGAGAAGCCCUACAAGUGUGACCAAUGCACGAAGCGCUUCGGAGAGAAAUCCAAGCUGAAGCGUCACAUGAGGACUCACUCCGGCGGGAAGCCGUACGGGUGCGACCAAUACAUGAAGAGCUCAGUGGUCGAGCAAGAACAUUUUCAGUGGGAUGGCCAGGAAGUCUGCGAUGCCUUUGGAGACCGUAGCACGCAGCGCAGCGCCACCUCGGAGAGUCUGGGUGUGGACGCCCCUGGCUCCUCCCACCUGGCAAGUCACAGGGAGGAGCUGAAGAUUGUGAUCGUCCACGAAGAAGGGGACGGUCAACUGGUGGUGGACGGCCAUGACACCCUCUUCACCGCGUCCGAAGUGGAGGCCCUGAACUCGCUGUCUGCGGACCACAGCGCGGCGAAGAGCCUGGAGCGCGGCGAGCGGCUGUUCUGCCGCGAGGAGCUGAGUGUGCAGCAGACCCCAGACACCAUUUCAAUCAAGGUUGAAGAGGAUAUUGGUGGAGACUGGCCCGCUGGAGAAGACGUCACUGACAUCAUAGACUGCAGCACGCAGCGCGGCGCCACCUCGGAGAGUCUGCGUGUGGACGCCCCUGGCUCCUCCUGCAUGUCAAGUCACAACGGGGAGCUGCGCAUCCUAAGCGUCUACGGACAAGGGGAGGACCCACUGGCGGUGGACGGCCAUGACACCCUCUUUUCCGCGUCAGAACUGGAGGCCUUGAGCUCGCUGUCCGCUGACCACAGCGUGGCCAAGAGCCUGAACUGCAGCGUGCGGCUCGUCCGCCUUGAGGAGCUGACUGGGCAUCAGGGCGGCCGCAAGGGCCGGCCCGGUGUCUUGGGUGGCAAGGUUAUUCCCAACGAUGCCAAUAUGAUCGUCAACAUGAGUACCAACACCAACGAGAAGCCGCACAGGUGCGCCCAAUGCAUGAUGCUCUUCCAAUGGAAAAGCGACCUGAAGAUCCACAUGAGGACUCACACCGGUGAGAAGCCCUACAAGUGUGACCAAUGCACGAAGCGCUUCAGUCGGACAGGCACCCUGAAGAUCCACAUGAGGACUCACUCAGGGGAGAAGCCCUACAAGUGUGACCAAUGCACGAUGCGCUUCCGUCAUGGCUCCGCCCUGAAGUUCCACAUGAGGACUCACACCGGUGAGAAGCCCUACAGGUGUGACCAAUGCACGAUGCGCUUCAUUCGGAAAGACGCCCUGACGUUCCACCUGAGGACUCACUCUGGGGAGAAGCCCUGCGUGUGUCUGCAGUGCAACGCAUGCUACAGCAGCCCAAGCAGUUUGCGUUUGCACAUGCUCAAGCACACGGGUAAUGGGGGUGCUUUGACACAGGAUAGCGCAACGUUUUGAUUGACACCUUUAUCCUGUAUUUAUUACUGCUUUAAAAAAAGAUCAUGAUUAAACGCUUUCCAACUUUUGA